AACAUGGAUAAUCACCACCUCUUUCAACUCCAUUGUUGACCGACGUCUUCGCUUCACGUCCCCAGAUUCUAGGGUUAGGGAUAGGGUUAGGGUUAGGGUUAGGGUUAGGGCUCUCUCUACCGGAAAAUCCCAUCCAUCCAACCACCAAUCAAUGUCUCUAUUUUCCCCCAUUCCACGGCUGCUAUUAGUUCUGUUAUGCUUACUAGGGUUAGGGUUAGGCUUUGGGGACGCUCUGAAGGUGCCCCUUAGGAUCAAGGACGUGCUUCCGGUUCUGCCGAGGCAGAUAUCGUGGCCGGUGCUCAACAAUUUCCAUAGUGCUGUGGAUUUGUUGCCUUCUUUUAUUGGGGCGGUGACUCCUGAUAACAGCUCGAUUCAAUGGGAAGGGGCUUGCUUUUCCGGUAACCAGGCCCGGCUCGAGUUCACCGAAGGCGAUCGGGGUAAAUCCGAUUUGGGAGGUGGCGUUCUCUAUCUAAAGACUUCUGAGGCACACAGCUGGGCCUGUAUGGAUCUUUAUGUUUUUGCAACACCGUAUCGUAUUACAUGGGAUUAUUACUUCUCUGCUCGAGAACAUACUUUGAAGUUCGACUCGUGGGAAGAAUCUGCAGAGUUGGAAUAUGUAAAGCAGCACGGGGUCUCUGUGUUUCUCAUGCCAUCAGGGAUGCUGGGGACAAUGCUGUCUUUGAUAGAUGUUUUGCCUCUGUUUUCUAACACUGCGUGGGGUCAAAAUGCAAACUUGGAUUUUUUGAAGAAGCACAUGGGUGCAACAUUUGAAAAACGUUCUCAGCCGUGGCAAACAACCAUAAAUCCCGCAGAUGUUCAUUCUGGUGAUUUUCUAGCAGUUUCAAAGAUCCGUGGUAGAUGGGGUGGAUUUGAGACAUUGGAAAAAUGGGUAACGGGAGCAUUUGCUGGCCAUACAUCAGUGUGCUUGAAGGAUGAGAUGGGCAAUCUAUGGGUUGGUGAAUCUGGACAUGAGAAUGAAAAGGGUGAAGAGAUUAUAGCAGUGGUUCCAUGGGAUGAGUGGUGGGAGUUGGCACUCAAGGAUAGUUCUAAUCCCCAAAUAGCCUUGCUUCCCUUGCAUCCAGAGUUGCGUGCAAAAUUCAAUUCUACUGCAGCAUGGGAAUAUGCUCGGAGCAUGUCACGGAAGCCAUAUGGUUAUCACAACAUGAUAUUUAGCUGGAUUGACACCAUGGCCGACAACUUUCCUCCUCCUCUUGAUACUCACUUGGUUGUUUCUGUCAUGUCUAUGUGGACCAGAAUGCAGCCUGCAUAUGCUGCAAAUAUGUGGAAUGAGGCUCUCAACAAGCGGCUUGGUACAGAGGGUUUGGACCUGUAUGAGAUUCUAGCUGAGGUUGAAAGCCGCGAAAUGGCCUUUGAUCACUUGCUUACAAUUCCUGAACAAGAUGAAUGGGUAUAUAGUGAUGGAAAAUCUACCACAUGUGUUGCUUUUAUUCUUGCAAUGUAUAAAGAAGCUGGGAUUUUCGGUCCUAUUUCCAACUCUAUACAAGUUACUGAGUUCACUAUUCGUGAUGCAUACAUGCUUAAGAUUUUUGAGGAUAACCAAACCCGCUUGCCAAGUUGGUGCAACGGUAAGGAUGAAAAGCUCCCAUUCUGCCAGAUCCUUGGUGAAUACCGGAUGGAACUACCUCUAUAUAACACCCUAGAGCCAUACGCUAACAUGAAUGAGCACUGCCCUUCCCUGCCUCCUACUUACGACAGACCCACCCGAUGCUAAAUCUGAAUUCCCUCAAGAUUUAUACGUCCCUCGUUGGCAUGUAUGACAUAAUUUAUCAAGUUGCUGGUGUCUUGAGAAAAAAUUCAAAAGACGUAUAAGUAAGGGGCCGGGCAUUUUCUUUCUUUGUUUCUCUUUAGCUAAAUAAAUGUAUAUAAUUUGUGGAUCAAGGAAGGAAAUAUGUUUACAAACUGUGUUAUAUCAAAAUGGUUGUAAUUGUAUAGUUUGCUUUUUUCGCA